AUGAAUCCGACCAAUAUAAUCAAUGAAUGGGUUAAAAACGUAACGAGAAAUAGAUUUACCGAAUUGAUGACUUUGCCGAUUUCGACAAAUUUAAUUUCCCUAAUGGCAAACGUGGUUUAUUUUAAAGGUUCUUGGGAAAUACCCUUCGAUCCCGAUUACACUCAACCUGGUUUAUUUUACAAAAAUGAAAAUGAAAAGAUUCAAGUCGAUUACAUGUACGGCGAACAAGAAAUUCUCUACGGUAACACAUCCGAUUAUCAAUUGAUAGGACUCCCUUAUAAAACUCGCCAAGUCGUCAUGUACAUCCUUUUACCAAACGGUAAAUUUUCAUCGAGAGUUGCCAUGAAACAAUUCAACGCCAUGGCAUCAUCUGCUAAAUUAGAAAACGUCACAUUGGUACUCCCAAAAGUCAAAUUGACGACGACGAUAAGCGUGAAAGAUGCCAUUUUUAAAUAUUUGAAAAGUUUCAAUUCGAGAAAAUACGAUUAUGGUAAAUCGAAUAAAAAUUUUCACGAUUUCAAAUCGCACAAAACCGUAGGACCGGAUUAUUCGAAUUCCGAAAAGAAAAACGAUUUCGACAUGAGCGAAGCGUCCGACGACGCCCGUUUUAAAAUCGAUGAUAUUUUGCAUAAGGUAUCCAUGCAGGUUGACGAAUUAGGUACGGAAUUGAUCGCUGCCACCACGACGUUGGUCGAUCACGUCGGUAACGAUUUCAUAAUACGAGUCAAUCGUCCGUUUUUGUUUUUCAUACGUCACGAAUCAUCCGAAGCUCAUUUAUUUUGGGGAUGCGUCCCUUGA